CACCGCACUCCCGGCUGCCGCUCCCGCCGCUCCCGCUCUCCAGCCGCUCCCCUCUGCGGCUGCCGCGCGCCUCGCCCCGGGCGGCCCAGCGCGCUCCUCCGACGCCGAGAUGAAGGUGCUGGGACACAGGCUCCAACUGCUGACAGGGCUUCUGCUCCACGACAUGACCAUGGCUGGGCUGCAGGAGCUGCGAUUCCCUGAGGAGAAGCCCCUGCUCCGUGGCCAGGAUGCAUUGGAACUGGAUAACCCCGACACCUUCCUCUCAGUUGUGGACACAGACUGGAAGGAACACGACAUUGAGACGCCUUAUGGCCUUCUGCAUGUGGUGAUCCGGGGCUCCCCCAAAGGAAACCGCCCAGCCAUCCUUACCUACCAUGACGUGGGCCUCAAUCACAAGCUGUGCUUCAACACCUUCUUCAACUACGAGGAUAUGCAGGAGAUCACCAAGCACUUUGUGGUGUGCCAUGUGGACGCCCCUGGGCAGCAGGUGGGGGCGUCACAGUUCCCUCAGGGGUACCAGUUCCCCUCCAUGGAUCAGCUGGCUGCCAUGCUCCCCAGCGUGGUGCAGCACUUUGGGUUCAAGUACGUGAUUGGCAUUGGAGUGGGAGCCGGAGCCUAUGUGCUGGCCAAAUUUGCACUCAUUUUCCCCGACCUGGUGGAGGGGCUGGUGUUGAUGAACAUUGAUCCCAAUGGCAAAGGCUGGAUUGACUGGGCCGCCACCAAGCUCUCCGGCUUGACCAGCACCUUACCGGACACAGUACUCUCGCACCUCUUCAGCCAGGAGGAGCUGGUGAACAACACAGAGCUGGUGCAGAGCUACCGGCAGCAGAUCUCAAACGUGGUGAACCAGGCCAACCUGCAGCUCUUCUGGAACAUGUACAACAGCCGCAGAGACCUUGACAUUAACCGGCCUGGGACGGUGCCCAAUGCCAAGACGCUCCGCUGCCCGGUGAUGCUGGUAGUCGGAGAUAACGCACCUGCUGAGGAUGGGGUGGUUGAGUGUAACUCCAAACUGGACCCAACCACCACGACCUUCCUGAAGAUGGCAGAUUCUGGUGGUCUUCCUCAGGUGACACAGCCAGGGAAGCUGACUGAGGCCUUCAAAUACUUCCUGCAAGGCAUGGGCUACAUUGCACACUUGAAGGACCGAAGGCUGAGUGGAGGAGCAGUGCCCUCAGCCAGCAUGACACGCCUCGCGCGCUCACGCACCGCAUCCCUCACCAGCGCCAGUUCUGUGGAUGGCAGCCGCCCACAGCCCUGCGCCCACUCAGAGAGCAGUGAGGGCAUGGGCCAGGUCAACCACACCAUGGAGGUGUCCUGCUGAAGCCCUCGCCCUGCACAAGACGCCUGCUUACCUGCCCCCAGGUCCCACUGCCAUCUCCGCAUCGGCUCAUCUUCCCUUUAGUUUAUUUUUGUGAGAGUGAAGGGGAGGAAAUGGGGUUACUUCUCUUUUAUUUAAAAAAAAAAUGAGGGGAUCCACCUUAGAAAAUACAGCAGAACAGUCUUAGAUGGUGCAGGGGCUCGCCUUACAUACUCCAUCUCACUCAACGUGCUCACUGGUUGAUUUGGCCCCUCUCAUCAGCCCACCAUGGCCCUGGGAUGGGGCCAGGAGAUAGGACACAGUACUGAAGAAAGAGCAUGGCCCACCCUCGGGGGCUGGAAGAUGUGAAGACAGCAGGGGGUCUGAAGAUGGUGGGUGCUGAUCUUAGGCUCUGAUGUGGGUAGGAGUCAGACCAGUUGGGAGCCCUAGACCUCAGAGGGUCCCUUUUCUAUAACCCCUGCACCAAGCACACCUGUUCUGAUGAAAGGAAGGGACAAUCAUGAGGACCAAGGCCACAAGAGGGCGCUUUAAGCAGCUCUUUUCCUGGCACUCUCUGGGCAGGACAGGUGCUGAAGGAAGAAUAUGGAGAGCCCCAAGGGCAGAAACCCCCAUACUCCGCCACCCCAGGACCAGGUCCCAUCCUGAGGAUAAGAUCACCUGGUCUCCUGUCCUUUGUGUGUUGUUUGUAGCAGAAUUUCAUGAUGACCCCUUUGGGAGUUGGCAGGGGCUGAAGAGUCCUAUAGGCCCCUCUUGUCUCAGAUACCACCAAGAGUGUUUGUGGUGGGGCCCUAGUCAACCUGGGCCAGAGUGUCACAGGUGCCACUUGAGAAGUGAGUUUAUUAGAGAGAUCUGGCCCAAGACAGAAAGAUACUAUGACCUCUGCCUGCUGGAGGGGUUGGAGAUUGCCUGGUCCUUGGGUGGGAGAUGGCAGUCCUUGAGGUGAACAUAGGUAGAGGCCAAAGGCUCUCAAUGCCCCCAGCCUCCUGCAACCCAUAACUAUGCUGUUUUCCUGUCUGCCCACCUUCCCAAGUAGAUUCUUCCAGCCCAGAAAUUGGAGCCAUUGCUUCAGCUUGGCCAUUCAUUUUCACCCACUGUCACGCCCAGAGGAGAAAGCCCUAAAAGCAAGAAGAGCUGUGCCUGUAGGGGUGCGUCGUGUGGUGUGGGUGUGAACACCCACAUCUGUGGCACAUGCCACCCCUUUCUGUAAUAACCGUAAGCCAUUUCCAGCGUGCUCUAGAGUCCCCGGUUCUGUUCACGUGCUUCCGAGAAUACUGAAUGUGACUGUUUGAAGCUGGUAGAAUUAAUCCCUUACAGUAGAUAAGCACUGAGUAUUGGACAUCUUCUUGCUGUGUUCCUAAGAUAUCUAUAAAUACCUAUACAUUAUAUAUAUAUCUGUAUAUCAGGUUCUCCUGUGUGUGUGCUUUCCCACUGGUGGUUGUUUCCUCUUUGGUCAAGGUGAACUUUUAAUGGAGUUCAUUACUUUCCUCUCUGUACAAAGAGCCUAAUUUUGUGUAUUCUGGUGGCUGAUAAAGAGAUUUUGAGGUGACAAAAUGCAAAACAAAAACCCCUGUUGAUGUAGAAAGUUAACUGUGCAGAAAAACUAAUAAAGUAAUUAAGUGUA